AUGGCACCAAGCAUACCGAGUUCACCUAGGAGUACACAACCAUUAAGCCCUCGCAAGCAAGUCACGAUCGCUUCAGGUACGACCACAAUACUUCAUAGUCCAGUCGCAACGUCAACAGGCCCGAGAAAAUCCGCGUUGAAAAAGCGACCGGCGGAAGACGACCUUCAGGAAACUCCUGAGCCUAAGAAGACAUUUUUCGGUUUCAACAUACCUUAUUUGUCAGAUAUAUUUUCGCCAUCGGCUGCAAGGGAACGGGAAAGAGCUGAGGAAGAAGAAGCUCUCUUGAAGGAGGUAUCGCCCAAGCCAAAGCCUCCUAUAAUUUCAAUCAGUCCCCGGGAACAUGCUAGAAUGAUCGCCGAUGCAGUUGAUGCAACAUUUGCCGCGAGGAAUGCGAAUCAGGCAGACAGAGCUCUUAAUGAUAGAUCGAGGAAACUCAAAUGGCGACCUGAGAUUACGGCGGAUGACGAAGAGUAUAUCAAUCAAGAACAUUUCUUUACAAAGUUAUUGAGUUCAAAACCAAUGUCUGUUCCGAGCAUUCUUGAAGCGCAUUUCGAAGAAGCUCAGAUUUUGAGAAUUAAGCCGUCAUUGAAAAAUCCAUCCAUCAUAAAAGUACAAGAACACGACGCUAAAGAAUAUUACAAGCUACUCUCAAAAGGAGGGCCGUUUUAUGGUAGGGGAGAUAAUCUCACGACCAAGUUGACAAUGCUGAAGUUUGGUUUCCCGGUUGCUCCAAUGACACAUACCAACUUACAUAAUGCUGGAAGAGAUGUCCUGGCCGAUGACCCGGAGGACGAGGAAAUCCCAGGGCCAAAGUAUCAAAGAAUUGAACAUUCUGAGAAGCCUUUGGAAUUUUUGGACUCCUAUUCCCAAAGGAGCUUUGGCUUUCCAAUGCUUCGUGAAUCCGAAAAAGAAUACCAAUCUUACGUCGGAGAAGAAGAAGAGGAGCUGAACCCCAAGAGUGGGAUUCAAUCCCUGAAAGAAAAGAAACGACGGCCGUCGCAAGUUUCCCCAAGAAAUCAUAAGAACCCUCCACCGAUUUAUCCUGAUUCCAAGAGCCCAGCUCUUGGUCUGCGGGGUGGGGGUGGUGCGGGAUCCACUGAGAAUCUCAAACCGAACUACCUUUACAGCUACAAUAGAGGCAGAAUCCAGUACGAACCUACAGCGUCUGAUAGCGAGCAAACCUUUUUGGAGUGUGCCGGGACCCUCCUUCACUUCGAUCCUGAGUCUGGCGGAUGGGCUUUCAACGUCGAUCAAUACAAAGAUCGGGUAUCUGGUGAGAAUACUACGACAAAAAUAUUUCAUGAUACCCGAGAAAUCACAAAAGCCACCUUUUCUGAGGUCUUUAAGAGCUUCAUAAAGAACAAAAUCAACAGCCGUCAGAGAGACUGGCCGUUGGUUGUCCGUCCAGUCGAUGUGGAAAGACUGGAGGGUUUCGAGCUUCCUACGGAAGACUAUAUACCUCCGAAGAUAUUAUCUCCUAGAAGAUCAAGGUCAUCUUCCAGGAAACACAGUGCCUCUAAAGCAAGUCCAAAAAAGAAGGUGACCAUAGCCCCGGUGGUAGAGGUGCAAAAUAUAGAAGGCGUGACAGACGUAUCCUCGUCCGCCCAGGUUCUGCAAACUUCUGUCGGACUGCAAAACCAAGCAGAGGGACCACGUUUGAACAAGGAAAGAAUUCUUAAGCCCAGAUCAGCACCCGUCCAAAUCCAGAGGUUCGACCCUUGGAUGGCAGAAGAACGCCGAUUAGAUCGCUUGCAGCGCGAAUCAUGGCUUCACGAUCAUUCUGCAAUAGAACCUGGGCAGAAGCCAGAGCCACCUCUUUUCGGCACGCCCAAAGAUUUACUCAUUGGCCAAACUGACGCGCUGCCGAGAAUAUAUAGUCACAGAUUGACUCCAACUGAUUUUAACCAGGUAGUGGAAGAAAACCAGACUGCUCGAUAUAAAUUGCUUGAGAGAAUAGAUGCCUGUCCUCUGUGUCCCGCAACAUUUGAGCUGGACUCUGCCGAAGAAAGAACGAAUCAUUUCAAACUCCACGCCGAUCAGAUAGCCUCCGCGGGAAAAUGCCCGAUCUGCGAAAGUGAGCAAUGGAUGAUGAUGGAUAUGGACCAAAGAAGAGAUCAUCUUGCCUAUCAUCAAAAGGCUAGUCCCAAGGAAGCGUCUUUCGACAAACUUGAUUGUCCCGUUUGCAAUAAAAAACUGAGUAAAAUUGGAGAUACUGAGGACAUUCUUUUUCACAUGGCGGAACAUACCCCUGGUGUAUUGAAAUAUUGCGAUCGCUGCGGACUCAACAUCAAAGCCUGCUCUCAAAUCGAGCUUCUCAACCACAAGAAAAUAUGCAUCGAUGGACCAGAGAGACUCUCAGAUGACGAUCAAUUGUAUUUUUGCGACGUCUGUGGUCGAAAUCGGACUCAUGAGACAGAAGAACAACUUGUUUCGCACCGCAAAUUCUGUUUUCUCGAUAAAGGUGUUUACUGUUUCAAAUGUGGUCUAGAUAUGACAAAGAUUUCGAAAGAAAAUCAGCAGCGUCAUGAACUUCGUUGCCAUCACCCAAGAGGCUAUCGCAAGAAAUGGUGCCAAAAAUGUGGCUCGGACAUGAGCAAAAUGAAUGAUACGGAUAAAAAACACCAUCAGCAGAGCUGUUACGCCAGAGAGCCAGAGCCUGUAUCGGCAGAUUCCCGCAAGAAAGAAAUCCAACUUCUGAUACAAAAGCAAGCAGACCUCAAUGCUCAGAAUAGAGCCAUUGAGUCCGAAAUCAGAUCUAAUCUCACUGCUCUCUCCACUCCAGGUGCGGGUGCAGCACGAUGGGCACAUGAUACCGGACCCUGUCCAGUAGAUGGAUGUCAGACCUCGCUCUCAAAUUAUUCCCCCAGCCAAAUCAUCAAGCACAUGAAGACGCACACAGAUGCGCUUCAUUGCCCAAUCAUCCACCAAGACGGUGAUGUGAUGUGCGUACACACUGCGGAAACUGGUCUUCCAGUCAGUCUGAACCCGCAAUCUCAAAGUGUUUUUGAUACACUGCGUGAGAAGUAUGCUGGAUUCAGAGAACGAACAACCAGAGCUACGGAGCGGUUGAACGCUGUUUCCACCGUUCCGCGCGCACAUACUACUUCACCCAGAAAGGAAACCAGAAACUCUGCAACCUCUCCGCGAAAAGAGCCGCAAAAAGUGACUUUUAGUUCGCCCAUCAAAAAGGUCCACAAACCUGCGGUCUCACCCAAAAAGGGUCAACCAUCGCCUCGGAAAUCUGUGCCAGAAGAAACUGCAUCGUCCAAAAAGCCAUUCUCUAGAAAGCGAAAACUCUCUACUUUCCAGGACGAAUCCGAAUUCGAAUCCGAAUCAUCCUUCUCAUCUGGUGAUGAAGAAGAUGAAGAUAUGCCACCCGGAGCCUCAGAAUCCGAUCGUCACAAAUCCACAAAAGGCCGUCGCGGAGCCAAAAACGCAGACGGGAGUUAUAGAUACGAACACCUCCCCGAUAUCCCCAUCCCUGAAGAAGAAGUCGUUCCUGACUCGCUCAAUUCACCCGAGAAAGUAGAAGCACUUCAACAAUCAACCAAGAAACGCGGAACCAAAAAUGCAGACGGGAGUUAUAGAUAUCAACACCUCCCCGACAUACCCAUCCCCGAAGAAGAGGUGGUGCCUGACUCCCUUACCUCACCUGAGAAACUCCAGCCACUUACACAUAAACCCGUUCCUGUUACCCCCGGGAAGAAACGUGGGAAAUCCGUUCCUCCUGCUACCAAAUCCCCGGUCAAACCCAAAUCCCCAGUUAAAAUCAAGUCUGCGAAAGGAAAAAACAUUGCUGAAGAGAAGGAGAUGAUGAAAGCAGAGAAGACAGAGACAAAGAGGGUGACUAGGAACACGAGGAGUAGUGCUACGCCUGUGCCGAUGGAGAGUUUGGUGGAGCCGAAGAAGAAAGUUGCUACGCCGAAGAAGGGGAGGGUGAAGGGGAAGCUGAAGGGGAAGGAUAAACCGAGGAUUGAGGCUGCGCAGAAGUCUUGGAGUCGGAUGGUGUAG